AUGCCCUCAACACAUCAAGUCACACACUCUUUCCCCCUGCCCUCAUAUCUCUCGCCCGAGCUUGUCUUGGAGCAGCUACAAAACUACGAGUCACUCAUCACACCCAACCCAAACUUGCUAAAGUACAACCGCCGGCCCGUCGCAGUAGAAGAGCUCAUCGACGACCCAUUCUUCACCGAGACAGGCCGCAAGCUCGAGGCCUUCGAGGUGACAGAUCGCAUCAUUCUGCUGCCCCUGGCGGGCUUCUCGUCGUGGUGCUACAAGGACGUGCGCAUCCCCGCCGUCUUCCAAAGCUUCGAGACGGGGGUGCGGUACCGCGCCGACGCGCAGGGCGGCGUGCGGGUGUGGAGCACGUACGAGAUCCGGCGCCGGGACCCGACGACGGGCUCGUCGGCGGAGAGCGUCGUUGUGAGCCCUGGCGCAGGCGACUGGGAGCUGGUGGAGCAGGCGCGCGUUGAGUGCAGCCACCUCGUCAAGCCGUUCGUCAUCAAGAACUUCGAAAGCGCGCACAGGGAGAUCUGCCGACGGAUGAUUGACGAGAUGGUCAGGACUAGCGCAAAGGACCACCUUCGAGAGAUGCCGCCUCCGGUUCCGGUGAAAUGA